CCUUCGACCUUUCUCGUCCUCGUCCUCGGUCUAGCAGGCCAGUUCACUCUGUCCCAAGCUUCAUAUCAACCCCCACUCAGUCUUUCUUCUUCGUCUUUAAAUCACAAUGGCUCCGACCGACGAGCUCGAGUACCUCAAGUCCCUCGUGGCCCAGCUCAACGACAAGAUUUCCGCGCUCGAGAAGAAGGCAAAGGGCGCGGCCGCGCCCAAGGCGCCCACACCCGCCCAGCAGCUGCGCACCAUCCUCAUGGGUCCCCCCGGCGCAGGCAAGGGCACCCAGGCGCCCCGCAUCCGGGACGAGUACUGCGUCUGCCACCUCGCGACUGGUGACAUGCUCCGCGAGCAGAUCCAGCAGGGCACGCCGCUCGGCAAGGAGGCGAAGAAGAUCAUGGAUGCCGGCGGGCUCGUUAAUGACGAUAUUAUGAUUGGCAUUAUCAAGGACCAACUCGAGAACAACAAGGAGUGCAAGAAUGGCUUCGUCCUCGACGGCUUCCCGCGCACGAUCCCGCAGGCCGAGAAACUCGACGCGAUGCUGACAGCGCGCAAAGAGAAGCUCGACUCGGUCGUGCAGCUGCUCAUCGACGACCAGCUCCUCAUCUCGCGCAUCACCGGGCGCCUCAUCCACCCCGGCUCGGGCCGCACGUACCACAAGGAGUUCAGCCCCCCGAAGAAGCCCAUGACGGACGACGUGACGGGCGAGCCGCUCAUCCAGCGCUCGGACGACAAUGUCGAGACGCUCACGAAGCGCCUCAAGACGUUCCACUCGCAGACGGGCCCCGUCGUCGAGUACUACCGCCGGCGCGGGCUCUGGACCGGCAUCGACGCCGCGCAGAGCCCCAACCUCGUGUGGGACAACCUCAGCAAGGUCUUCCGCGCUAACAAGUCCUCGUGAGCGGCGCUCGCUUGUGUUUGGCUGGCAAUGGCGUUGGCAUUGACACGGGUGUGGCGGGCCAGUGCGCGCUCGUGGUGCCCGUGUCGUGUCGUGUUCUGCUGUUGUCGUGUAAGGACUGUUUUCUUUUCGAGAGUAGACCUACCAUAGAGUGCGUUGUAUAGAGAAGAUUAUAAACCAGACGUCCAUUUUUAUAUAUUCGUUCGCUGUGAUCGUUCAUGCUCGAGUUUUUUCAUGUACCUAGAUUGGCUUAUGAGCAUUUUGGUGGCGCCAACAGGGUGCCCGCAUGAAAU